AUGCUGAUGCUUCCCAAUGAAAUGAUGGUGAUGAGGUGGGGUGGUCAGGUUGUUCACAGCAAGCCACAAGGUGGAAAACUGGCAUGUGAUAUGAGGAUGAUUGGCAAGGCAAUCAGUACAGUAACAUUUUGGGUUUUCUGGGACAGCCCAACAACUGGGACCAGUGCCUUCAUUGGCUUGUGGCUUGCUUCUGCCAUAGAAAUGGCAUGGCACGCCAUGUACCAUAUUGAUGAAAGACUUCCUCGACCGCUUUCCUCUUCCCGUCAUAAUCAUGCUUUACAAACGAAAGGCCACGUGCCUGGUUUAGAAACUACCCUGGUUGCUUGUUUAGAAAGGAUAUUCAAAACAAAGUAUGGUGCCUCUCUUAUCCCUGAGUACAUGGCUUUUGUACAAGUAGGUCUGAAAGCGAAAUCUCAAUCAGUCAGAUGUUUGGCCUGCAACACUAUUGCUUGCCUUCUGGAUAUUUCUGGUGAAGAGACUCAUGCUAUAGAGUUGAUCAUUGACUAUGAGAUAUAUCCACUAUUGCUAGAUUGCGUAAUUGACGGCAAUGAGCAAGUUGCAACUGCAUCAAUGGAGGCAAUAAAGAAGUUAGCUGGCUUUCCAAAAAGCAUUGACAUCAUCUUUCCAGCUAAUAAUGAUGAAGCUACACACCUUGGAAACUUAGCAGCCCGAUGUUCAUCUCUGGGACGGGUUCGUGUUUUAUCUUUGAUAGUGAAGCUAUUCUCAGUUUCAAGCUCUGUGGCAUCAGUUAUAUGCAAUUCAAAUUUGCUUAGUUUAAUGGAGGCAGGAGUGAGCAAUACAGAUGAUACCCUUGUAACUUUAAGCAUUAUGGAGCUCCUGUAUGAGUUGGCAGAGAUCCAGCAUGGUGCAGAAUUCUUGGCUAGGACCACCCUUCUUCAACUACUUUGUUCUAUCAUUGGCAAUUCAGCUAUGGAAACGGUUUUAAGAUCAAGAGCAAUGAUGAUAAGUGGAAGGCUUCUAUCCAAUGAGAAUGCACGAAUGUUCAUUGAUGAAUCUAGCAUUAAUACUGUGAUUUCAGCAAUUGAUGGAAGACUUGGGUUUUUGGAAAGUCAAGAUACUGACGAAUGUGAAUCUGCACUUGAAGCAUUGGGUCAAAUAGGGUCAUCCAUUCAAGGGGCUACAUCAUUACUCUUGGGUGUGCCACCUGCUGCGAGACAUGUGAUUGAUGCUGCCUUUGAUAAGCAGGGAGGCAGUAAGCAGUUGGCUGCUCUGCAUGCUCUUGCAAACAUAGCUGGAGAAUCUCGACCAGAACACAACACGAUUCUUAACAGUAAUGCAGAAGAAAGCCUACGACGCUUGAUAUAUGAAGUAGCAUCCAGAAGUUCAAAGCUGACUCCAUCAGGGCUGUUCUCAUCAGUUCUUCAACAAGCUGCAGAAAUCCGUUUGGCGGGAUAUAGAAUGAUAACUGGGUUGGUGGUUCGGCCUUGGUGCUUGAUGGAGAUUUGCUCAAAAGCAGGGAUUAUUGAUAUAGUAACUGAUGCAAAUACCGAAUCGACAAAAAUAGGUAUGGAAGCUAGAUACAAUUGUUGCAAGGCCAUCCAUAAGGCUUUCAUAUCAAGUAAACUCAUCGGUGACCCUACUCUUGCUGGGAUAGCUGGAAAGUUGGAGGAAGCUGUGAGAAGGGGUCCAUAUCUCGCGAGAAAGCAAUAUGAAACACAACCUGUGGUGAUGACAGCCGAUAGAUUUUAGAUUCUAUAUCUUCUUCUAGGUUGACUCUGAACUGCACGGCCUUUAUAAAUUUUUGUGUGUACAAUUUGGGAUUUCCACCUCUUGGUUGACAUUCAGUGUGCAGAAACAUUUCUAGACUAAACUGAUAUCUCUUGCGGAAACAGUGCUGAGAAGAA